AUGCCGUCGCUGGCCGCGCGCCUGGCUGCGGCCGUGAUGCUGCUGAUGGGACAGGUGCGCCGCGUCAGCCGCACCCCAGAACCCAGCCCGUGGAUCCCCACGCCGCAGCUGGUGGACCAGUAUGGCUAUGUAGUGGAGGAGUAUCACGUGACGACGGAGGACGGGUACGUGCUGACUUUGCACCGUAUGCCGCCGCGAGCCCUCUCCCAACAAAAGGAGGAGGAGGAGUCGCCGAUGUCCUUCUGGCGGCUGUUGGUGCCCUGGGACGACGCUCAAAGCAAGGGCUCCGCCAACGUCAGCCACCCGCCCGUCAUGGUGCAGCACGGCCUCAUGGGUAGCUCCGCCGACUGGACGCUGCCGGGGCCGACGAGGGGUCUGCCUUAUAUUCUGGUGGAUGAGGGCUACGACGUGUGGCUAGGCAACACACGGGGCAACAUCUACUCCAGGAACCACACCACGCUGCACCCAGUGCGUGACAAGCAGAAGUUCUGGAAUUUCAGCUGGCACGAGAUGGGCGUGUACGACCUGCCGACGUGCAUCGAGCACAUCCUGCGGGUGACGGGCCAGAAACGGCUGUUCUACAUCGGCUACUCGCAGGGCACCACCGCCUUCUUCGUGAUGUGCUCCGAGCGGCCCGACAUGUGCCCCAAGGUGCGCGCCAUGCUCGCCAUGGCGCCCGUCGCCUUCAUGAGCCACGUGCGCAGCCCACUCAUCCGCAUGGCUGCCAGGUUCGACGGCAUGAUCACUGCGGUGGUGAACCAGCUGGGGAUGCACGAGCUGGUGCCGCACAGCGAGUUCCUGGAGGGCCUCGGCGCCACCAUCUGCCGGUCGAAGGCUGUCUACAAGGACGUCUGCACCAACCUCCUCUUCCUCAUGGCCGGCUACUCCUCCAAGCAUCUCAACUCGACGCUACUGCCGCUCAUUAUGGGCCACACACCAGCUGGAGCUGCCAUGAAGCAGCUGAUGCACUACGGCCAGGAAAUCAACUCUGGUCGGUUCCGGAAGUUCGACUACGGCCUGCGAAAUCCCGAGGUAUACGGCUGCCCCUCUCCUCCCGACUACGUGCUGUCCAGGGUGGAGGUCCCGGUCGCCCUCUUCCACAGCAGGAACGACUGGCUGGCGGCCACGCAGGACGUGAUGAAGCUAUACGAACAUCUUCCGAUGCGCAUUGGCGUGUUCCCGAUAGAAGACCCCGAGUUCACGCACCUCGACUUCAUGUGGGCCUUGCAGUCACGCGAGCUCGUCUACGACCGCCUCGUCAGAGUCUUGCAACGCUGCUGA